GUGGUGGCGGCGGCGGGAGGUAGGAAGGUAGGUGGGCCGGGUCGCGCCGCUCCGGUCCCGGCCUUGCCUCCCUGUCCGGUUCCGCCGCGGGCCCACGAUGCCGCAGUUCCAGACCUGGGAGGAGUUCAGUCGCGCGGCCGAGAAGCUCUACCUCGCCGACCCCAUGAGGGCACGUGUGGUUCUCAAAUAUAGGCAUUCUGAUGGGAGUUUGUGUAUUAAAGUAACAGAUGAUUUAGUUUGUCUGGUGUACAGAACAGACCAAGCUCAAGAUGUAAAGAAGAUUGAGAAAUUCCACAGUCAACUGAUGCGACUUAUGGUAGCCAAGGAAUCCCGCAGUGUUGCCAUGGAAACGGACUGACUGGUUUGAGAUGAGGACUGCUUGCCAUGCUCUUAGGAAGUAAAUCUCUUUUGAAUUUGAGGCAGUGUUGCGACAGAAAAUUCUUACUGUAACUAUUCAGAAGCCAAGAGACCAUUUUUUUGUACUUUGCUUCUUAUGUUUACUCUAGAGAGCGAAGAAUGCAAAUGCUUUCAGUUAGAAAGCCUUUAUUUAUUUUUGGAAGUGGAACAAGAAAUGUGUCUAUCUUGGAAACUUUCUGCAGAUUAUUUGAUGCUGGGGAAAAAUAUGUAAUUAUUUCUUUCGGUAAGUUUGUAGCAAUAAUUUGAAAAUGAGAUAUCAGGAAAAGCCUAUUCUUCCUUAAGUUUAGUUUAUUUGUCUU